CAUAUAUCCAUAGCUAUAGAUUAUUUUAAUUAAACUAGUAAACAAGGACCGAGUAGAAGAGGAUCCUAAAUUAAUACCUGGUACUGAUGAUUACCCGUACAAUACAGACAGACAGAACGCCAUGCAAGCUGGAAUCUUUGGCUUCUUCUCUUCAUCCUCUCUCUCUCUCUCUCUCUCUCUCUCUCUCCCUCUCUCUCUUCAUCUUCAACUUCUUCAUCUAAUUCUUCGCCAUCCCCUCCCUUCCUUCGCCUUCGUUUCUCUCCGCGAUCUUUCCCUCCUUUCAACUGGAUUCGCUUUUUCUCUUUUCUUCUCUCUCCUUCCUGUCACUCUCCCCACCUAUCUGUUCUGUCUCCUAACACCCUCCUCCCAUCCUUCCUCACUACGCGGACCUCCCCUAUCAACACCCCCGACGCUCUGCUCGACCCAUCACUGCGAUCUCGAUCUCGACUUUUUCCCUCCUGAACAUGCCUGUCCGUCGCUAAUCUCUCUGCCACGCCGCGGCUGGCUACAUGCCUAUCGAUCUUGGAUGAUCUGAUUCUUUCCCCUUCCCGCACUCUGACCCUUCAGCUCAGCAGACUCUCUCCACCCCUGCUUGCCUUUACCGUUAUCUUUCGCCAGGUCGACAUACCCUCCC